AAGUAGACAAAUAACUUGAACAAAUAAAUACGAUAAGUAAUUGUCUAUCCUGAAAAUCUAUAGACUGGUUCAAGAUGGGUGAAAGAGCACCAGUGUCUGCCGAAGAAACAUUAGUUCGUUAUGACAAUCCAGUUUUAGUAACAAAACAGCCAGAGAAAGCAGUUUCCCCCGGUGCUGUAGCAGCUGCACAACCUUGUAUACCCACAGAAGCUAAAAGAGAAACUGAAGAAAUUUUAAAUGCCAUUCUACCCCCAAAAGAAUGGGAAGAAGAUGGACAAAUAUGGACACAGAAGAUCUCUUCAACGCCAGCUACUCGAUUGGACGUGAUAAACCUUCAAGAGAUGCUAGAUACUCGUCUACAGCAACGUCAGGCCAGGGAGACCGGCAUUUGCCCGGUUCGCCGGCAAUUAUACACGCAGUGUUUCGACGAGUUGAUUCGUCAGGUAACUAUCAAUUGCGGUGAAAGAGGAUUACUUCUUUUAAGAGUACGUGAUGAAGCUAGAAUAACGAUGGAGGCAUAUCAAACUCUUUAUUGUAGUUCUAUCGCCUUUGGUAUGAGAAAAGCUUUGCAAUCGGAACAAGGCAAAUCUGACCUAAUGGACCAAGUAGCUAAGUUGGAAGCGGAGCGCUCCUCCCUUGAAAAACAAUGUAUGGAGUUAAAACAAAAAACGGAACAAUUAGAACGUCGCGCCGCUGAAUUGCGUGCGGCUGAGGAGAAACGCCACCAAGAAGAGUUGCUAGCUUUGAAGAAGACUAAUGCUCAAUUGAAGGCACAACUCGAGGGUAUCAUCGCACCAAAGAAAUAGUUAAUUUUUCUGAAGUUAGUUAUUUUUAAGUUUUUUUUUUUUAAUGUUAUUAGACGUAAUAGAAUAUAAAUUGUGUUCAAAUAAU